GGGCAACCUCCUGCACAAAUAUUUUUGCAGUUUCCUUCGCAAACGCCAGCACGGAACAGUAAUUUCACUGAGGGCUCUACGAUACAGUAUCAGUCCACAAAUGACCUUUGUUUAAUGGUUUCAAAUCAAAUAGCGUGUCAUCGCAGGCAGGGAUCGCGUUUAUGGACGCUAUCACUAUGGUACUCGGUGUUCUUUGUUGCACCGUCCUUUACUUCUUCGAAAACGUCGAUCGGUUGAUCUAUCAAUUAUGAGCUCUUGACGCAUCUUUCUUUUAAAGGGGCCAACAAUGCGCCAAAUAUUCAGAAGAUCGGACCGUCCGAGUUUUUUUUUGUUCGCAGCUUGAUUUUGGCAUGGUGAGCGAACCUCCAGUCACGUAGCUGUUAAUUGCUCCUCUUUCAUUCAUUCAUGGAGCCGACGCGUCGCAUACAUAUACCAACACCCAACGCCACCAACUUCCCCACUCUGUAUACCAUCUGCUUGGCCAUUGCAACUUCCGAUGAGGAUGUUCGAGGCCAAGAUUCAUUAUUUCGUUUAUCAUUCGAUCCCUUUGUCCUGGACCUCAUCAAUCGAACAUGUAGCCGAAAAAUAUGGAACAAAAAUCUUCUGAAAGCUAUAGGCAACAGCCAUGGUGACCAUCUGCGGUACCACAUGCUGGAAUGGUCCGUCUUGGACAUUCGUCCUGAUCGUCCGUUUUACAAGUCAAAUUUGUCACAAAUCCAGUCGCUCAGCUCGUUUAUCACGCACUUGAAUCUCCGUAGUUCUCGAGUCCAAGACGACCAGUUGCACCAUUUAUCAACUCUUAUCAAUUUGGUCGGGUUAACCUUGGAUCAGACGGGCGUAACUGAUGUCGGUGUUGCUCAUCUUCGAAGGAUGACGUACGAAGGACAACAGACACUGCAACAUUUGGAAUUGCUGAAUCUGGCGGGUAACAGUGGGAUCAGUGAUGUUUCGUUGGUGUAUAUCAAAGGGUUUCCUUCCUUAUUGGCGGUGGAUCUAUCCUGCACAGAUGUUACCGAGACCGCGCGUAUCGUUCUAGAAGGUUGUGGAUUCGUUCGAGUAUUUUCGUCUGAAGCAAUUAAUAGUCACCGACGGAACGCCGCUGCCUAUCAUCUUCAUACAAGGCUCGAUUUAUUGCAAAGAUCUGCGUUGCCAGAUCGAAGUACGCCAAAUGUAUCAUCCAAAAGAUAUCUUGAUAGUCUGCGGACUACCGGCAAAUCGCCCCCCUCUUGCGCUUGUCCCGCAGCUGAAUGCUUCAGACGAUCCACAGUUCCUCCUACUUUGCAUAUCAAGUCACCCACACCAUCAAGCAAACACACUUUACCCCUCCGUGCACAGCCACGCCAACCAACGUUGACAUUUGUUUCACUCUGUGAAGCUUUUGAUUUUUAGCAUGUUUAAUUUCUACUUCCAUACAUACAGACAACACAAGCAUAUGCAUAUGUAUAUACCGUCCUCGCAUCUUGUUUCUAUUUAUCCGAUUGUUAUACUGUAUCAUACUGUAAUAUUUUGCA